GACAGACUAGGGUACCAUUUCCGUUAAUUUCUGAUCCCCAUCUCUGUACCAAACUACGCCAUGAAACGAAUAAUCACCACGUCAACUAUUUCGAACGGCGGGUCGUAGACAGCCACAUAUGUAAACAACCUGUUGACAUUUCUAACAAUGACAACCGAGAAUCGCUGCAUAUACGCAGUCAGUCUUAAACUUCAACACCACUGAAGGAUUCCGUAACAUCUGGAUACCAACAAGAUACCGCCCAUGCAUACAUGCAGCAAGCUGAACAGUCGUAGUAACCACGAGAGCGUAAUCUGCCGGCUGUCAAAAUUCCAAACCGGCAGUUAAUCUUCUUCACAGUAGCAGGAAGAGCCCCCAUAGCUACCUCCACACCACCCGACACCAGCACGGCACAACAACUGGAAAACACCAAGCUGGUAGGUAACAAGAGGAAGGCAGCAGGCUGCUGGCUCAUACAAGACACUGAAGAAACGUCUAAUUAAAGUGAUUUACUGGUGUUGAUUUUAAUCAGUCCAGCACGGUAGGAAAAAAAUGGCAGAUAUUCGCAAGCAAUUAGAGUUGUCUGAGACUCGACUGCCGAGUCCUGGCGACAAGAAUAUGAACACUAUGAAGAGUAAUGAACCUGGGUUAGAGAACUGGGCGGACUUCAAGUCAAUUCUUUGGCCUGAGUCUGCAUUCCCAGAUGAAACAUGUGACUCCCAGCAGCCCACUGGCGCGUCCCCUGAUGGUUCUCUGAGGCACACAUUCCAGGUCUGCCUUGACGCCCUGGCGCUCGCUGACCAGGCCUACAGUGGAUCGUUUGUGUCGAAUCCCGAUAAGAAUGUCGGCAGAUAUAAUAGUGAUACACUUUCAGUAGACGAAACAUCAAAUUCCAGCCCCGAGGUCAAGAACUCUAACCAAAUUAACACUGCCGGUGUCGAGCAUUCAACCAGUCCUCCUCUCCUCACUAGCGAACCAAUUACAGUCGUCCAAGAGAAUGAUUUAUCCUCUUAUUUUGCAAGCUGGAAUGACCAAUUCGAUGCAGAGUCGCCAUGUUUUAACUCUCAUGACAGGUUGGUGCCAACGUUGUACUCGGAGCUCUCAGAAUUUCUACAUUUUGGGAAGCAAUCUGCUGAGAUCUCUGAAGAUAAGCAGCCUGGGCGUCCUGAGCACCAAGCAGCUGAGCUUCAGCUAAAUUACCAGCCUGAUUUUCACGAAGAAUAUCCCACGCCGUUGAGCAUUCCCUGCACCUACAGUAGCGAGAUGAUGUAUACUGAUAUUGGGAAGAGAAGCAAAGCUGGCAAAAUGAAGACUGUCAAAGUAAACGAACAUCAGGUUCCAUAUAAUCUAUUUAGUAAAAGUCACGUCACCUGUCUAUCGUGUGGUGUCGUAUUGUCUUCGACAGGGCACUUACGGAGGCAUCUAGCUUCCCAUGGUGCAAACUUGUCAUUUUCAUGUACCGUUUGUGACUGCUCCUUCAGUCGAAAUAAUAAUCUGAGGAAGCAUUUCUUACAUGCUCAUGGAAUACAGUUAAAAAAGAUGCAGAGGAGGCCAUGACUGUUGCCUGUGGGGAUGAACUCCAGUUGCCUAUAACAAGAGUCCCACUUGUACAACUAUUCCUUAAUGCAACGGUGAUACACUUGAAGCUGAAUAUUGAUUCAAGCUUUGUCACUUUGAUUUAAACCUAUAAACUAUUUUGUGUGAAAUCAUAUUUUUCUGAUUUUUUUAAUUUGAGUAAUUUUACAUAUUUGUAUAUAUAUUGUCAAAAAUAUGGUGCUAUUUUUGUUUAGUGUUUCUGCACUAAAUUUCGAUGUCGAUCACAAGAUAAUCUUCCAAAAUACAGAGAAGUGCAAACAUAUUUUAAUAAGUUAAACUUAUGCACGUGAAAGAGCGUUUACAGAAAAUAUUGUAAAUGUUAUUCACUUUGUAUAUUUUAACGCCUUUGUGACACAAAGAUGUGCUUGUAUUUGAGUUAAUGCUUUUAUCAUAAAAUAUUUCGGUAAUAAACUGGCAAAU